GAGUUUCCAACACCUUGAACAAACGACAGUUUCCAGAAUUGUUUGAGAGAAGUCUUGUGCUUUAAAUUUAUGGUGUGGAUCUGUCCUUAAUUUACCGAGAGGAAUGAAUUUAUUGGGUUGUGGCAAACCUGGCGUCUUGUGAACUCUCACUCUGCAAUGCGCCUGGGAGCCGCAGGAGAUUACACUGAGCUCAGGUGGGAAAACUUGCCUGCUCAGAAUCCAGAGUUUGUCAGCUGACUCUGGAGUAGCACAAAGCAAACUUCCUGUAGACGGUAAAGAAAGAAUUAGCCAGGUUCCUGUUCAGUACUUUUACUUUGGGGAAAGGAAUAAAGUCGUUUGCUCGCCCACAUAUCUCAUCCAGAAAACACAUUUGAAUUCCAGCUGUAGAGGACUUACCUGUUUCUCCAGGCUGAUGAACUCUGAGGCUGCCCAUCUGAUGAGAUGCUUGCAGCAGAUCCAUAAGGUAUUCAGCAAUGCCAACGAAAUCCUCGCGGGCAUCAGUCACCCAUCUGUGUGCAGCGAGGUGCUGCUGUCUGCACCAGGGACUGCAUAUAUCCUGGGGUUGUCGGAAGUGUACCGGGUCUCCAAGCGCUUGGAAGAAGGGAUGAAGGCUCGGAGAGCGGAGAGCGAAGCACUGCUGCAUUGCCUGCGCAAGGUGGAUCUGGCCUGGAACAACCUCCUAUCCUUUCUCGCCUUUGGCCAUUCUGUAUUCCAGAUGCUGAAUGUUAACCUGCUGGAGCCAUCUGGGGAAAGUGACUCUCACUUGUCAGCUUCUGACCUAGCACCCGAACCAAUCUGUGGGGUUUGCCUAACUGAGGUGAAGCGGGAACCCCAGGUGAGUUCUGGAAACUCUGGUCCUGUUAUGUACCAGGGUAGCUGUUAUCAUGCCAGCUGUGCCAAUUUCUGGCUGAACUGUGUGGAUGCCACUCUGCCAGGAGGGACGUGAUUCUUUUCUUCCCCACCCCCCCUCUUCCAACUUUCUGAAUGUACACCAGUCAAGUUUCUUUGGAGGAAAAGAAGAUCUGGAGACACUUCUCACAGACAGAGACUUUUGGGAGGCUACAGAAUCAUCUUCCAAGGCUUCAUUGGUGGUGGGAAGUAUCUUUGGAGAGGCAAAGCAAGAUGGCGUAGAAACCUUUCUGUUCAUCAAAACAAUCUUGUUUUUGUAGGAUGCUUUAGAAUGUGCCCAGGAACAAGCUGAUUAUUUUUAAUUUA